AUGGCCUCUUGGGAAUUCAAGAAUGCGCCCAUUCACAACGAUCGCGAACCCCCGGGUGGUCCCUCUGUUCUCGACCAUGACAACCUACAGCUUCGACGGCUAGGUAAAAGGCCAGUACUGAAGCACAUUCACCAUUGCCUUGACCAAGUUCGUGCCCCUUAUUGCCGCCCAUACAUUUCAUUGCUAACGGGGAGUAGUGGGGGUUCCGCUGGCGCCGUGUACGCGUUCAUCUUCGCUUGGAUAGGAACUACCUGUUGCUUUCUCAUGUUGUCCGAAUUGGCCUCGAUGGCACCUACGUCAGGGGGACAAUAUCAUUGGUGCGCGAUGCUUUCUCCGCGCAGUACAAUGAAAUUCACUAGCUACCUCACUGGCUGGCUGGCUGUAAUUGGAUGGCAAGCCGCGUUCGCAUCAGCGGCUUAUCUUUGCGGGACUGAAAUCCAAGGUGCCGCAAUCCUCGCACAUAAGCAUUAUAACUCUGAGGCUUGGCAAGGUACAUUGAUUAUGUGGGCUAGCAUGCUUGUUGCACUCGUAGUCAACUUGGUUGGGGGCAGGUUCUUUCCAAGGCUCGAAAACUUUGUUUUGGUCAUUCAUAUUCUGGGAUUCUUCGGGAUCCUUAUUCCCUUGACGUCUCUGUCAGAUCACAAGACGAAAGAGCAAGUUUUCACUAAAUUCCUUAACGGAGGCAACUUCGCCAGUCAAGGACUUUCUUGGUUCGUGGGGAUGAGUGGCUGUGUGUUUGCGUUUGCAGGAGGCGACGCUGCCGUGCACAUGGCCGAGGAAGUUUCCGAUGCUUCGCGAGUUCUUCCUCGCGCAAUCAUGCUUAGUGUGGCUAUCAAUGGAAGUCUCGGGUUUGGUAUGUUGAUAGCAAUGCUUUUCUGUGUCGGCAAUGUGGACGAUGCAUUGAAUACAUCGACUGGCUACCCCUAUAUCGAGAUUUUUUACCAGGCAACAAAAUCUAUCCCUGGGGCUCUGGCCAUGGUGUCCAUCAACCUCAUCAUUACGGUCUGUGCAGUUAUCGGUAUUCUUGCUACAACAUCACGCCAGUUCUGGUCGUUUGCGCGUGAUCGUGGUGUCCCGGGCUGGCGUUGGUGGAGCCGUGUCUCCCCGAAACACCUUCCAACAUAUUCCAUCUACCUGACUAUGACGGUUGCCUGGCUUCUCGGGCUUAUCAACAUUGGCUCGGCCGUGGCUUUGAACGACAUCACCUCAAUGGCCGUUUCUGGUCUCUAUGCAUCAUAUUUGAUCGUUGGAGUCCUACUCCUUUAUCGCCGUUGCCGUGGACAUAUCGCCGGUUAUGAUGAGAAUGGGCAGACAUUGAUAAAUGUUCCAGGCGCGCCUCUCGUCUGGGGGCCAUUCCGCGUGCCUGGUAUCGUGGGUAUUCUGGUGAACAUCUGCGCGUGCAUCUAUAUUGUCAUCGUCGUCUUCUUCAGUUUCUGGCCUCCAAAGAUGAAUCCAAGCCUCGAGGACAUGAACUUCAGUGUCGUAGGGACCAUUGGGGUUGCCAUCCUGGCCGUCGCAUACUAUAUAUUACGGGCUCGUCACGUAUACAAAGGCCCGAUCAUGGAAGUCUCAUGA